UAAAAUUAAUAAUAAAUCUGGUCCUGUUGUAGUUCAUUGCAGGUACAUAGAUUUACUAUCAUAUUUACUUGAUUGUAAACAUGAAACAUACUAUAUUCGAAUUAUAUGAUCGAACAAAUACGAGAAUAAUCAUCACAGAUCAAUGAGUACGAGUUAAAAGAAGUUACGCUACUUUUCUCAUUAAUAUAACGAUGUGUUCACGACAGUUGAUAAUUUAUUAUCUGUUUAAGACUAGUUAAACAUCUUUUUCAGACUUAUAAAAACUAGUCAUUAGUAAACUACGUGUAUAUUUCAUGAAAUCCCGUUAAGAUAUGUCAAAUACGUCCAAUUUUUUUACCCAGGUUUCUUUUAUUUUGAGUGGGCGAAUCGGAAUUUCAGAUGGGCAGCGCCUACCCACUAGAUAAAACUCUGAAUAAGCAUUUUAUACUAAUUCCAAAUGACUAGCAAGGAUUCUCAAUAAAUCGAAGCAUUCAAUAUGAUUUAACAGACUCUACUUGAAAUAGCCUGUAUUCUUAUAAGAUAUUUAUUUAUGAUUGCAGUGCUGGAAUUGGUCGUACUGGUUGUUUUAUUGCAUUAAGUAAUGGUAUAAAACAAUUAAAUCAAGAACGUGUUGUUGAUAUUGUUCGAAUAAUUUGCAAUCUACGACGUGAUCGUGGUGGAAUGAUUCAAACUCAUGAUCAAUAUCAAUUUCUUUAUCAAGCCUUAAGUGAAUAUGCACGAACGUUGCAAUAA